CUCGAACUUUUUGUGGUCAUUGUGAAAGACUCACUAUCAAUCUACAACGUAAAUUGAAUAAUACCGUAGCAAACAAUCAUGUGAGUGUGGGCUGAUCAAGCUUGAAAUGACUAUAUAGCACCAAAUGUGUUUUUUCGGUGUUUAGAGCGACCGUCGCUGCGUCGUCGAAGGAAGCUCAGUCUGGCAGCCAUGUGGGGAGACAUUCCAGAAUCGCUGACAUUUUCUCUAUUCCAUGCUGCGGCAAGGGCAGAGACUUCAUAUCGAGCAGUAAUGCUCGGCUCCAUUUAUUGUUGAAUAUGUGGCAUCGUUAUCGUGGACGAGACCGGGAGCGACCUAGAGAGGACCAUAGUCCGAGGCUCUCUGAGAAUAUUUGUCGUUGUCGCUAUCGCUAUCGUUGCCAUUUCUGCAUUGACGAACGCAUAAGCUCUCAUUGCUGGAUCCAAUUUUCAUCCACACUAAUUUUGCUGAUUUUUUAAAUGUUUUUCCAUCAAUAGGUCUAAUCCCAAAGUUUUCUUCGACAUUACCAUCGGCGGCGCAGCCGCUGGCCGCAUCGUUAUGGAAUUGCGUGCAGAUGUUGUCCCAAAGACUGCCGAAAACUUCGUAAGUGAUUUACCGUGUCUAACGUGAUAGCAGUAUAAUUUUUCAUGGUUCUUGGUGUGCAGAGGACUGACUCAAAUGUUUGUUCUUAUUUUCUUAAAUUUUGUUGCCUUUCAUGGUAUAUUUUCUUCAGCGCGCUCUGUGCACUGGCGAAAAGGGAUUCGGAUACGAGGGAUCUAGCUUCCACCGUGUCAUUACUGAAUUUAUGUGCCAGGGAGGAGACUUCACGAACCACAACGGAACUGGAGGAAAGUCCAUUUACGGAGAAAAGUUCGCAGACGAGAACUUCAAGCUGAAGCACACGGGACCUGGAAUCUUGUCCAUGGCCAAUGCUGGACCUAACACCAACGGAUCUCAGUUCUUUUUGUGUACUGUCCAGACUGCAUGGCUCGACGGAAAGCACGUUGUCUUUGGAAGUGUCGUCCAGGGCAUGGACGUGGUCAAGAAGAUCGAGGCGGUCGGAUCUGGAAGUGGAAGAACCCGAGCUCAGGUCUUGAUCGCAAAGUCAGGACAACUUUAAGCAAGUUUAGUUGGUGAAUUGGAUUGUGAGGAUUCAUGACUCCAUCAGCAAUCCGAGAACCAAAGUGCAAACUACCAGGGGAUGUUGAUGUUGGUUGGCUGGUGGAGAUGAUCAAGUUCGGGGGCUGAGGGAGCGACUCAUUGAAUAAUUUUGCCUUUCCUCACCCCUUAUGGGUAAACAUCAACACAUCCGAUUUUUUUCUCUUUCGACGCUCUGCGGAUUUUUCCACACCUGCAAGUUGAAAAAAGCGAAAGUCCCAGUCGCGUAAAUUGAAUAGGAAAUAUCCCUCUCAACUCAUCCUAUCACUUUUUCCGUAGUAGCCAUGAAUGAUUCGUAACGUGAUGUUCACGUCGACAAAAUCAAAAACUUAUGCGAUGACGGAAUGAUUCUUUGUUUAGCUAAAUUAUUCGUUUCCGUCAACAUGAAAAUUAUUGGCAAGUUUCGUAAAAUAUGAAUCGAUAUUAUAUGCAGGAAUACAAAUCAGCAACUCAAGAAGUCUUACCCACCUUCGAACGAAUCAGCACUAGUAGCUAGUGGCACUACAACAUUACAUGAUCAGAGCAUUGUUCAUGUACAACGUUGUGCAUCUUCUUGAGGUUGUCUUCAUGUUGUAGCACCUUGAUUGCGUAUUGCUUGAUGAUUUCCUUUUGUGUGCUGCAUAGGCAUAUUAGUCCCUUUCGUGGUAUCCACGUCAGGAAUGUCUGCCAUCAGCAUGUCACAAACGUACCUGAGUCCUGAAUGGCCCUGCAAACAUCAUUGCCAUACUUGCAUCCUGCAGAGUCCUCAAGCUCAGUCUUGGUUGGCAUGAACCGUGACACUUGGUCUGGUCCUACAUGGUGGAAGAUGUGGCCUUCAAGGUCUGAACAUCUUCUGCUGACGAAGUUGGUUUGGUACUUACUUGUGGGUCUGUUACUAGUAUUCUUUUUCUUCCCAUGUGGUGCUCCCACCAGCAGUGGCGUCCGGUUUCUUGCUUUAGGUCUUUGCGCAGCUUGUUUGCUUCAUGAGCUCACUCAUAGCUGCUGAUAGCGCUUCUUCCUGCUGCUGAUUAUUUUUAGUUUUAUGCUGAAUCCACACGAUAGCAGUACUAUGAAUCUACCAUGGAAAGUCUUCAAACAAACGACUCUACCAUGGAAAGUCUUUAAACGUCGAAACGCUGUUAAUUAGAUAAAACUAAUAAAGUAUCAAUGAUAAGGUCAUAACCACACUUGUACUACAAGCAUUUGUGGUCCCUGGCAGCAUCACGCCCUCUAUGUGACCGUCGCUCGUUGUUUACAUACACCUCACACAUAUACUGAGGAAUUAAUCUGACCAAUAGUGUCUUCAAAGACAAUUGGAAACGUAUGAUUCGACGAGCCAUGGACGUCGGGGUUUAUAGAAUUGUGUCGAUCUGCACUUCUACCAAAUCUUCGAAGGAUAGCUUGAAGCUGGCACAUAAAUGAUACGAUGAUGAGGAAGCCGCAAAUCUACAUGUCACGAUUGGGGUUCAUUCACACGAUGCCAAAUUUUGGGAUGGUCAUUCAGCAGAGGAUAUUAAACAUAUAUUGAAGGAUUCUUCUGCGGUCGCUCUUGGAGAAUGUGGGCUCGACUACAAUCGGAACUUCAGCUCCAAAUCUGAUCAAAUACGUGCAUUUCGAGAGCAAKUUCAAUUAGCGUACGACCUGAACUAUCCCAUAUUUGUUCACGAACGAGAAGCGUAUGCUGACCUACUCAAGGUCUUGGACAAAGUUGAAACAAAACAUAACACCACCUCGCCGCCAAAGAUAGUAAUCCAUUGUUUCACGAGGCUCUCAUAUACAUCGAGCGCUGAUAUUAUAUUGGCUUCACUGGGACGAUAUGCAAGAAGGAAAGGGUUGCGCAAUUGCGCGAACUCUUGCCAUUUCUUCCUCCAGAGAAAUUGAUGAUCGAAACGGAUGCUCCUUGGAUGAGCUUCAAGAAAAAAAAUGAAGUAAGCGACGUUCUUUCUCUGGACCAGCCGAAGGCGUCGACAUAGCGAAACAACUCAGUGAAACAAUGUCAACAUCAGUUUGAAGAUGUAUGCAAGGCAACAAACAAAACCGCAAUUUAUUUUUUCCGAUCACAGUAGUCUACUUCUCUCCCACUCUAUUCCUCGAAACGAUAUAACAGAUUGAAUCUUGCUGUGCUGAAAGAAUUAAGAGAACAAAAAAUCACUGUUCUGCGAUGCUCAUGGGUAUAAUCGAUUGGCACAAUUGAAAAUUGAUUUCGUUCCGAAAAAACCAAUAAAUCGCUGAUGGCUCUUCACAUCAUAUUUUCUCGUGUCUGUCUCAUUAUAUUGAUCUUAGCACACUGGACGAUCUUCCGUCAUUCACCGACUGUUUGACCGGUAGACGCCUUCUAGUUCACCAGAGUUCCAGCUUCACGGUCUUAGACAUCUCAGGUCCAUAAUAUUCUUCCUUAUGUUCAUCGAAGAGACGAGUCAAGGCAACGAUAUAUUUAUCGUGCCAAUGCUUGACUUCCUCCCGGGUAGGAUUCGGUAUGGUUGGAAGCUCAAUGGGGUCACCAACCACUACCCGUAGCCCACGUGACUGGCGUUUUGGCAACAGCGGCAAGAACCACGCUCCAAAAAUAGCUAUGGCUGGAAUACCCAUUCCAUUUAGCCACAGUCGAAAUUUCCACAGGCCCUGCGCAUUGAAGUAACUUUCGUUUUCUCCAAAUGUAUAAACUGGCACGACGUUGUAUCCAUGCUGGAGGGCAAGUUUGACAAAGCCGACACGUUUUUUGAUGUACACCCGAUCCUUUUCCAAAUACGAGAUUGUAGCUUCUUCAAAUCCACCAGGAGGCAAUGCCAAGUGGUCAGGAGCGCUUUCCGGCGGUUUGUUCUUGCCCUUCAUAUAUUGCACCAUGGCAGCCUUUGCAGCGCUUCCAGGGCAUCCAAUAAGUCGACACCAUAAUCGAAAAAAAGGCGAUGCAUAAAGAACGGGAGAGAAGCAGAACCGAACGCGUGCGUCGUUCAUGAUUCCCGAACAAAAGAGUACGGACCAUCCCAAACAGAAGGCGCCGUGGGGAUGGACGGCAUACAAUUUCGGUUGACUGUCAUCUUUUUUCGGAAUUGAUUCUUUGCUUCGGAAAAUUAAGGUUAAUUUCUUGUAAUAAUAGACAUUGCACCUUGCAUACGCAGACAUGAAUUGCGACACGUAUCCUUUCUCCCAAGGAAGGUAUGCACUGAUCGAGAGUACCGAAAACACGACUACCGAGGACCAUUGGUUGUUAUACAACAAAAUCAUAAAAAACGCGGGUGAUGACGCCGAAAGGAGCCAUGUCGCGAUAAAUACAGACAAUAAGC